AUGACUGAACCGGCACCUCCAUUUGCAAAGCUAUCUGUGCUAUCUGGCCUCUGGCAGGGCAUUUGGCCCAAGAAGCCUACAUUCUUGCCCGACCAAUACCCAGAUCUGUCCGGUAUCUCAGCCAUUGUGACAGGCGCAAACACGGGAAUCGGAUACGAGGUUGCUAAGUUGCUCUACGGAAAGAAUUGCGACGUGAUUGCCGUAGUUAGAAGCGAGUUGAAGGGAAAGGAGGCCCGCGAAAAGAUCUUGAGCGAAGUGAACGGCUCCGGUGGCUCUAUCGAGGUUAUUAGCGGAUGUGACUUUCUAGAUCUGAGCACCGUUAAGCCAGCUGCUGAGAAGAUCAAAGCGGUCUUGGGUGACAGGCCCCUCGGCAUCAUCAUUCACAAUGCGGGAUUGAUGGCACCAAACAGCAACGGGACCUCGAAGCAAGGCUUCGAGGCCAUGUUCUCGGUCAACGUGCUAGGCCCGCAACUGUUGCAGCACUUUCUAGACCCUCUCUUCCUAAAAAAAGACGCCGCUAUCAAGAGGAUAGUCUGGGUCAGUUCUGCCGCUCACCUCUACGGCUUCAAGGAGUACGGUAUCAAUUGGGACAAUCCAACCUUUAGAGACGUACCAGUCAACAGGAGACCGCACCACCAAACCCUCUACGGCCAAUCGAAGGCCGCGAACGUUCUGCAAGCGAACGCUUGGGCCGUCAAGAACCAAAAAGCAGUGGACGAAAUAUCAUGCGUCUCGGUAUCGUGCUUCCCUGGUGUAUUGUAUACGCAAUUGGUAAGAGACUGGGGUUUCCUUGCCAACAAGCUGAUGCCCCUGCUAACGUACGGCGGGGUCUAUGGGGCCUAUACAGAGCUCUACUCUGCGCUCUCUCCAGAUCUCACUAGAAAAGAUCAGGGUGCCUACACCAUACCAUUCGGCCAGAUAGGAGAGCCCAGGGCAGACAUCAAGGCCGGCAUGCGCAACGGCUCGGAUCUGAAGUUGUGGGAUAUCGCCGAAGACAUCAUCAGCGAUUACUUUUAG